AUUUGGCAGGGAGCGGCGGUAGAAUUUCCUAGAUACCAACAGCCGCGCGUGCCGUGCACCCAUUCAGAUUCAGCACUAUUCUGAAGGAAAGCGCACGGAUUUAGGCGAUUUAGCCGAAGGAACGAGACCGAGAAGGCAGUAUCUAUUAGGAAUACACAGUGAAACAAUACAUUAUACAUAUUUUGUUGAAAUACAAGAGCUGUCAUCAAACAAGCAGAGACCAUGACCACCGCUACGUCCCCCAUCCUGUUGAAAUGGGACCCCAAGAGUCUGGAGAUCCGCACCCUGACCGUGGAGCGGCUGCUGGAGCCCCUGGUCACACAGGUGACCACCCUGGUGAACACCAGCAACAAAGGGCCCAGCAGUAAGAAGAAGGGGCGCUCCAAGAAGGCGCACGUGCUGGCCCUGUCCGUGGAGCAGGCCACGCAGAACUUCCUGGAGAAGGGCGAGCAGAUCGCUAAGAACAGCCACGAUCUCAAGGAGGAGCUCAUCCUCGCCGUGGAGGACGUCCGCAAGCAAGGUGAUUCAAUGCGCGUGGCCUCCCAGGAGUUUGCUGACGACCCCUGCUCCUCAGUGAAGCGCGGCACCAUGGUGAGGGCUGCCCGCGCCCUGCUCUCCGCCGUCACCCGCCUGCUCAUCCUCGCCGACAUGGCCGACGUCAUGAGGCUGCUGGCCCACCUGAAAAUUGUGGAGGAGGCCUUGGAGGCAGUGAAAAAUGCCACCAACGAGCAGGACCUGGCCAACCGCUUCAAGGAGUUUGGCAAGGAGAUGGUGAAGCUCAACUAUGUGGCUGCCCGCAGACAGCAGGAGCUGAAAGAUCCCCAAUGCCGGGACGAAAUGGCAGCGGCACGCGGCGCCCUGAAGAAGAACGCCACCAUGCUCUACACCGCCUCGCAGGCCUUCCUGCGCCACCCGGACGUGGCGGCCACGCGCGCCAACCGCGACUACGUCUUCAAGCAGGUGCAGGAGGCCAUCGGGGGCAUCAGCAGCGCCGCCCAGGCCACCUCGCCCGGCGACGAGAAGCACGGCCACGCCGGCAUCGGCGAGCUGGCCGCGGCCCUCAACGAGUUUGACAACAAGAUCAUCCUGGACCCGCUGACGUUCAGCGAGGCGCGUUUCCGCCCCUCCCUGGAGGAGCGCCUAGAGAGCAUCAUCAGCGGCGCCGCCCUCAUGGCCGACUCGUCCUGCACCCGCGACGACCGCCGCGAGCGCAUCGUGGCUGAGUGCAACGCCGUCCGGCAGGCCCUGCAAGACCUGCUGAGCGAGUACAUGAACAAUACUGGCAGGAAAGAGAAAGGAGACCCACUGAACUCUGCCAUCGACAAGAUGACCAAGAAGACCAGGGAUCUGCGCAGACAGUUGAGGAAGGCGGUGAUGGACCACAUCUCCGACUCGUUCCUGGAGACCAACGUGCCGCUGCUGGUGCUCAUCGAGGCGGCCAAGAGUGGCAACGAGAAGGAGGUCAAGGAGUAUGCGCAGGUGUUCCGCGAGCACGCCAACAAGCUGGUCGAGGUGGCUAACCUGGCCUGCUCCAUCUCUAACAACGAGGAGGGUGUGAAGCUGGUUCGCAUGGCCGCCACCCAGAUCGACAGCCUCUGCCCACAGGUGAUCAACGCGGCCCUCACCCUGGCUGCUCGGCCCCAGAGCAAGGUUGCCCAGGACAACAUGGAUGUGUUUAAGGACCAAUGGGAGAAGCAGGUGCGCAUCCUCACUGAGGCCGUCGAUGACAUCACUUCUGUGGAUGACUUCCUGUCCGUGUCAGAAAACCACAUUCUGGAGGACGUGAACAAGUGCGUGAUCGCCCUGCAGGAGGGUGACGUGGACACCCUGGACCGCACGGCGGGCGCCAUCAGGGGCCGGGCGGCCCGCGUCGUUCACAUCAUCAACGCGGAGAUGGAGAACUACGAGCCAGGCGUUUACACCGAGCGCGUUCUGGAGUCUAUCAAGCUGCUGUCUGAGACCGUCAUGCCCCGUUUCGCUGAACAGGUGGAGGUGGCCAUCGAGGCGCUGAGCACAAACCCCCCACAGACCUUCGAGGAGAACGAGUUCAUCGACGCGUCCCGCCUGGUCUACGACGGCGUGCGUGACAUCCGGAAAGCCGUUCUUAUGAUCAGGACACCUGAGGAGCUGGAGGAUGACUCAGACUUUGAGCAGGAGGACUACGAUGCCCGCAGCAGGACCAGCGUCCAGACGGAGGACGACCAGCUCAUCGCCGGACAGAGCGCCAGGGCCAUCAUGGCCCAGCUGCCUCAGGAGGAGAAGGCGAAGAUCGCCGAGCAGGUGGAGAGCUUCCGGCAGGAGAAGUGCAAGCUGGACGCCGAAGUGGCCAAGUGGGACGACAAUGGCAACGACAUCAUCGUCCUUGCCAAGCAGAUGUGCAUGAUCAUGAUGGAGAUGACGGACUUCACCAGAGGCAAAGGGCCCCUGAAGAACUCCUCUGAUGUCAUCAACGCCGCCAAGAAGAUUGCAGAGGCAGGCUCCAGGAUGGACAAACUGGCCCGCGCUGUCGCCGACCAGUGCCCUGACUCGGCCUGCAAGCAGGACCUGCUGGCCUACCUGCAGAGAAUCGCCCUGUACUGCCACCAGCUCAACAUCUGUAGCAAGGUCAAGGCUGAGGUCCAGAACCUGGGAGGAGAGCUCAUCGUCUCUGGGCUGGACAGCGCCACCUCCCUCAUCCAGGCGGCCAAGAACUUGAUGAACGCUGUGGUGCUCACAGUCAAAGCCAGCUACGUGGCGUCCACCAAGUACGCCAAGGUGUACGGCGCCGCCGCCGUCAACUCGCCUGUGGUCAGCUGGCGCAUGAAGGCGCCCGAGAAGAAGCCCUUGGUGAAGCGGGAGAAGCCUGAGGAGUGCCAGACCCGCGUUCGACGGGGCUCGCAGAAGAAGCACAUCUCGCCCGUCCAGGCCCUCAGUGAGUUCAAGGCCAUGGACUCCUUCUAAAGAUGUCCGCCGCCACGACGGAUGUCACUGGAACCAAGAAAAACAACACCGACAACGAGAAGUUUAAGAAAACUCCCCUUCUUUCUUUGUGUUAAUUUGUUUUGUUUUUUGGUGAGACGAGUUAUGCUGAUAAUAACACCGCCUCCUUUCUCCCUUUUGAGCGAAGGGUCGAUGAAAAAAACCUACCUGGAGGACUAUCCCGCCACCUGUUCUGAACUACAGCUCCCAUGAACACUUUGGGGCUUCUCGGCCAAUGGGGAGCCAGCGUGCUCCCACCCAUAUUUAUGACUAUUAUUACUACUGUAGCUUAACCGUGUGAGAGCCAAAUGUGUGACACUAAAAACAAGAACUUACUUUCAAAAAACGGGAGAUAAAAAGUUAAAAACAAAACAUAGCAGAAGAGGGGCACCUAAAUGGCCGUCAAUAUUAUUGCUAUAUCAUUACUAUUGUGGUACUGACCGGCUGCUCGUACACACAUUAACUGUCUGAAUGGAAACGAUGAAUGGCGCAGUAGUGAAAUCACUGUAACAAGGGGAUUGAUCUAUCACG